AUGGCGCUGGAGCGGGCGCUGCUGGCGGCGCGGCAGGGCGACGUGGAGGCGCUGCGGGGGCUGCGGGCGGCCGGGCUGCUGCGGCCGGGGCUGCGGGACGCCCUGGGCGCCUCCCCCGCGCACCACGCCGCCCGCGCCGGCCGCCUCGCCUGCCUCCGCUACCUGGCGGCCGAGGCCGCGCUCCGCGGGGACGCGCGGGCGCGCAACGGGGCCACGCCGGCCCACGACGCCGCCGCCACCGGCAACCUCGCCUGUCUCCAGUGGCUGCUCACGCAGGGGGGCUGCGGCGUGCAGGACACAGACAACUCCGGUGCCACCAUCCUACACCUGGCAGCCCGCUUCGGUCACCAUGAGGUGAUCGACUGGCUCCUCCGCUUCGGAGGCAGCGACCCCACAGCAGCCACCGACACGGGAGCGCUGCCCGUCCACUACGCCGCGGCCAAAGGGGAUUUCCCUUCCCUGAGACUCCUCUUGGGACACUGCCCCAGCACGCUGAGUGCCCAGACCAAGACAGGGGCCACCCCACUGUACCUCGCCUGCCAGGAGGGCCACCUGGAGAUCGUCCAGUACCUGGUGCAGGACUGCGGGGCUGACCCCCACGCGCGCGCCCACGACGGCAUGACCCCACUGCAUGCUGCCGCCCAGAUGGGCCACAACACCAUCAUCGUCUGGCUGAUGAGCUUCACGACGGUGAGCCUGUCGGAGCGGGAUGCUGAGGGGGCCACGGCCAUGCACUUCACCGCCAGCCGCGGCCACGCCAAGGUGCUGAGCUGGCUGCUGCUGCAUGGUGGGGAGAUCACCACCGACGGCUGGGGCGGCACGCCACUGCACGACGCUGCUGAGAAUGGCGAGCUGGAGUGCUGCCAGAUCCUGGUGGUGAAUGGUGCCGACCUCAGCAUCCGCGACCAGGAUGGCUACACGGCGGCUGACCUCGCCGACUACAAUGGCCAUGGCCACUGCGCCCAAUACCUGCGCACUGUGGAGAACAUGAGCGUAGAGCACCGCGUGCUGUCACGAGACCCCUCAGCGGACGGGGAGUGCCGGCAGCCCGACUCGGGCAUGUCGUCGCCCAACACCACAGCGUCAGUGCCCCAGGCGCGCUUCGAGGUGGGCUCUCCCGCCAGCACCCUCUCCAACUACGACUCCUGCCACUCCAGCCAAUCCAGCACCGGGGAGAAGAGGGCUCCCCCUGAGCCCCUCCCCUGCGCAGGGGUGCCCGAGCCGGCGCUGGUGGACAUGCAGGCGUACAUGGACAUGCUGGACCCCGAGAUGCAGCCGCGGGGCCGGGGGCUGGCAGGUGAAGGCCCCCCCCCGCCGCCGCCCCCCGCCUUCCCGCCGCCGCCGCCCCCACCCCCUGCUGCCCGGCUGCCCCCGCCGCCCCCUGGCUACCCCGCGCCCAUGCCGCCCGCCGCCCCCCACACUGCCGACAUCUACGUGCGGGCCAAGAACAAUCUGCGGCAUGUGGAGACCCAGGCACUGCGCCGAAAGCUGGAGUCGCGGGAGAGCAGCCCCGAGGGCCUGCGCCGGGCCGACUCCACCAGGCGGUCGAGGAAUUUCGGCAAGCAGCCGAGCACCGGCGACUACUACAAGCACCUGGGGCACGGCACGGCUGAGCAGCCCGGUCCCCGGCGAAUGGCGCACAGUGAGGAGGCGUUGCCCAUCUCUGCGGACAAUAUGCGGAAUGGGGAGAACAAGCCUGGCACUGAGCUGCCACCACCACCGCCACCGCCACCACUGCCCGAUGCUGCCUGCCCACCGCCCCCGCCACCGCCACCGCCGGCUGAGACCCCCGCCGGCCCCCGCCGCUCCUCCUCCUCCACGGGAAGAGGAAAGGCGCUCAGGCAGAUGAAGAGCACCAAGUCCUUCAACAUGAUGUCCCCCACCGGUGACAACUCGGAGCUGCUGGCUGAGAUCAAGGCUGGGAAGAGCCUCAAGCCGACGCCGCAGAGCAAAGGCUUCACCACCAUCUUCUCUGGCAGUGGCCAGGCAGGGGCCAAUGCAGAGUCGCCAGUGUCCUCCCCAUCACCCACCAGGACACCCACCCCACCGGCCACCCCUGAGGCUGCCAGGCCGCCACGCUGCCUGGCAGGGGGCUCGCCAGAGCCAGUGCUGAAUGGGAGCUCGCCAGUGCCGGCGGCGGGUGCUGGGGCGGCGGUGGAGGUGGAGGCGCUGGUGCCGAGCCAUGACGAGCAGGGCCGGCCCAUCCCUGAGUGGAAGCGGCAGGUGAUGGUGCGCAAGCUGCAGCUCCGCAUGCAGGAAGAAGAGGAGCAGCGGCGCAAGGAGAAGGAGGAGGAGGCACGCCUGGCCAGCAUGCCGGCCUGGAGGAGGGACAUCCUGCGCAAGAAGCUGGAGGAGGAGAGGGAGCAGAAACGGAAAGAGCAGGAGAAGCUGAAGCGGGAGGAGGAGGAGAAGGAGAAGGAACAGUCGGAAAAGCUAAGGACUCUCGGGUACGAUGAGACAAAGCUGGCGCCCUGGCAGCGGCAGAUCAUCCUCAAGAAGGGGGACAUAGCCAAGCACUAG